AUGGAAGAGAUCAGAGCUUUUCUAGACGAUAUCAUGAAACGUGCUCGAAUCGAAAAGACCCCAGAGAUACUCAAAACUCUUAUGGAGGUUCAAAAGCUCGAUCAAAUGCCAAGAGAGACUUCACGUCGUCGGUUGAAUGAUCAAACCCUGGAAGAGAUGGUCCUGUUUCGAGUCCCUGCGGAGCCAUGGACCACUGUGACCAGUGAUUCAACUUUCGUGUCCCAUUUAAUCUCGCUAUGGUUCACAUGGUCGCAUCCGUAUUUAAAUUGGAUUGACCGAGAUCUUUUUAUUCGGGAUAUGCAGUCUGGAAACCCGGAUGCCAAAUUUUGCUCGCCAUUUUUGGUGAACGUCAUCCUGGCGGACGCGUGUGCAUAUUCCGACUUACCCGAAGCCUAUGGGCUUCAUAAGGGGGAAUGGUCGCGAGGGUCUCACUUCUACGAGGAAGCCAAACGCCUUCUAGAUGAACAAGAAGGAAGAGUCAGUAUUACGAAUGUCCAAGGCCUUUGUGUUCUAUAUGUGGUUUCCUGUAUGAUCGGGAAAGAUAGGACUGGUUGGGUUUACUACGGCCAGCUAGCAUAUGCUACGCAGGAGCUUUCUCGAAAACAUCAAGCUCCUCCCAAUGGCGCGGACGAGGAAACGAUACGCGAGAACAGUGCAAUCGACAAUGCUAUAUGGGGGAUCUUCAAUUUUGCCUCGGUGACGGCUUUGGCAUAUCAAAAAGGAGCAUUAAUCGCCACACCCAACCGCCGGCAUGAAACCCCUAAACGUGACGUCCAUCAAGAUGUAUGGUCCCAGUACCCUUCCAGCUUAAAGACUGCAAAAUCUCAUCGUGAAUGUUUGUUCACGACCCUGUGUGAUAUGAGCGAGAUCAUAUAUGAGCUCAGCUUGAGUUUGUUCAAAGACAAGCACCGAAAACUUGACAUGAAAUAUGCAAAACUGGCCGAAGAGAUGCAUCUCCGGUUAAAGAAAUGGUACGAUGGGUUGCCGAAGUGCCUUGCAACAAUUGAUGCAACACCACAUGUGUUGAGUCUCCACCUAAAUUAUCACACAACCAUCCAAACGAUAUUUGGAUAUCUAAGAGGUUUGCCGCAAAGCGAAGAAGCAAGCGAAAGCGACAGGAUUGAAUUUGAAAAGGUACGGCAGCAAGCACGAGAACGUUGUAUCGACUCGGCACGCGUGAAUGCUGCCUUGGUCGAUCAGCAACGGGAAUAUUGGGGCUUGGACUACAUGCCGCCCAUCAAUAUUCACUGGUACACGGUCUCCAUGUACACCCUACUUGAAGCUCUGGACGACGAAGGUAACCGUAACGCGUUCGUCAGCCUGACGAUCGCCGCCAAAGCAGCCUCACAUCGUUGGGCUCUUGGAAGGGGUAUGCUGCGGUUGGUGCAGGUCACAGCGAAGCAAAUGAAAGUGACACUACCACUAGAAACAGAAGGCCUGUUCUCCGACUUCGAGGCGAAACUUUGGAGACAAGAGGACCGGAAGGCCCUCAGCAGUCAGUAUCCCUACCUCACACAUUCCGUGAAAGGAGGACCAGUCGAUGGGAUUGAGUUGGACACUUUUCUGGAGAAGUUCGAUGAUUUGCAAGUCAUGCAAGAUUCGAGCUCGAAAUCGGAGAACAUUGGUAGCCAGAGUGGGCGAGAGGAAACGUUUGGAAAGGAGGAACGGGUCGAGUUAAACUCGAAGGACAAGGAGAAAUUUUUCCUAUCUUAA